AUGGCUCAAGCGCCCAGCUCUCUUGGCUCGGGGCCUCUCUGGGGACACGCAGGGACAGCACCCCUGGAGGAAUCCUGUUUCAAGAAGUCGGGAGGGGGUGCUCCCUUCUCAUGCACACGGGACACACGCUCACAUACUUGCUCUUCCCCAGUUUCAGCAGCCCCNAUUGGGCAAGCCCGCAAGAUGGUGGAACAGCUUAAGAUUGAAGCCAGCUUGUGCCGGAUAAAGGUGUCCAAGGCAGCAGCCGACUUGAUGACUUACUGUGAUGCCCACGCCUGUGAGGAUCCCCUCAUCACCCCUGUGCCCACUUCGGAGAACCCCUUCCGGGAGAAGAAGUUCUUCUGUGCCCUCCUCUAAGUUGCCCUGUCCCU